CUAGAUUGUCUGGUGGGUGGGGGGACAAGGAUCAUCUCCCGCCCAGGUCUUAAAUGGAAGAAUGAAUGGUAGCUGCAGAUCUCCCACACAGUUACACCUCUCACUUUCCGCUUCUUUCAGAGAGAACAACAAAAGGUCUUAAAGAAAAGAACGGUGGGUAGCAUCAAGUGCAAAUCUCAGAAAUUGAACUUUCAGCUACUAAACAGAACAGGUACUUUUGUCAAUUUGAGCCACUUAUAAGGCUUUCUCCUUUUCUAUUCCGAAAUUUGACAUCUGUCUUUUUUAUUGUGAAUUUUUUGCAAUGAACUGGGCUUCCAUUACCACCUGGUUGAGAAGCCAGUUAACCUUGAAAACAUUGUACCUUCUGCUUCUGGGUCAGCUCGUUUCUUUUGUUCUUGCAUUUAUGAGUUUUACUUCUUCUCUAAUUGCAGAUCUUGGAGUCGAUGCCCCUAUUACUCAGACAACCUUCAAUUAUUUCCUCUUAGCUUUGAUUUAUGGUGGUAUAUUGCUUUAUAGACGUCAAAGGCCACUGGUUGCUUGGUAUUGGUAUCUAAUCUUAGGCUUUGUUGAUGUUCAAGGAAAUUAUCUUGUUAAUAAAGCAUUCCAGUUCUCAUCCAUUACCAGUGUGACACUGUUGGACUGCUUUACAAUAGCAUGGGCCAUAAUCCUCACUUGGUUCUUCCUUGGCACGCGAUAUUCUAUAUGGCAGUUAUUUGGUGCAGCCCUCUGUGUGCUGGGCCUUGGCUUGGUUCUGCUUUCUGAUGCUGGGGUGGCUGGUGGAGGUGGUUCAAGACCUCUCCUUGGUGAUAUUCUUGUCAUUGCUGGGACAGUCUUCUUUGCCAUGAGCAAUGUUGGUGAGGAAUUUUUUGUGAAGAAAAAGGAUCGUGUUGAAGUUGUCUGCAUGAUCGGUAUUUAUGGACUGCUAGUGAGUGUGAUUCAGCUAUCAAUUUUGGAGCUUAAGAGUCUAGAAUCGGUCAAGUGGUCAACAGAUAUUAUAUUGGGUCUUCUGGGCUAUACAAUCUCAGGCCUCAUGUUCUACUCACUUUCUCCUUUUGUUUUGAAGUUGAGUGGAGCUGCAAUGUUCAACCUCUCAUUGCUAACUUCUGAUAUGUGGGCAGUUGUCAUUCGUAUAUUUAUCUACCAGCAACAGGUCGAUUGGCUGUACUUUCUUGCUUUUGCUGUUGUGGCUGUUGGACUUGUCAUAUAUUCAACAACUGGAAAGGAUCCUGCUCCUAUACCAGCUCUCGAAAAUGGAAGCCUCAGUGUGCAAUAUCAGAUGCUUGAUGGUGAAGAUGUGGCAUCAAGAGAUGAAUCAUCAGGAUAGUCUGUCAAGUUUUUAUUCAACUUGCAGACAAACAAGCUUAUGUUUUCUUGUUGUAGAUUUAGAUAGAUGACUUCAAAUCAAAACCAAUUUUAAUAAAAUGUAUAAACUAAUAAUUUGCUCUAAAUUUUCAGAGCUGAAAUUUGGAUUGAAAAAUGGGUGACAUGAUUCUUCCUAA